AUGCCGCGGAGACAUGAACCUACUCUCGAAGAGCUCGUUAACCGAUCAGACCCCGAAGAUGAUGACUAUGAUGACACGGAGCCGCGGUCACGCAGACCAGCGAAGAGGUCAAAAACCAAGCCGAAGAAAGCAUCUAGAAAACGCAAGCGGGAUUCUGACGAUGACCUAGACGACGAGUCAGAGCUUUCAGAAGAAGAAGACGAUCUGUCAGACGACUUCGAGGACGAAAUCGAAGACCCAAAUGCUGAGAGAAAUGCACGUGGUUCGGUGAAGAGACGGGUUGCUACAAAAAAGGUCUCUUACGCCGAGUCGUCUGGUGAGGAAGAUGAGAUUGAGGAGGACAUAGAGGACAAGGAAGACGCCGAGGAUGAAGAGAAAGAGAUACAGUCAAAGAAAGGGAAGAAGCGAAAGCUGAUUGUCAAGUUCCCCAUACGGCAGCAACAGCCUACACCACAACCCCCUACCUCGGGUCGCGCAACACGCUCUCGUGCUCGCAGCGCAAGUGUCCAAUACCAAGAACCAGUGAGCACUCGGCAGUCAACCAGACGAAGCACGCGCCUCGCACAUGAUGACAAGGAAGACAUAGUGGCACUCUCGGGCUCGGGUCGCCAUGUCGAAACUAUACGCCGGGGUACCCGUAGUCCGGACCCCGUCAUAUCCCAUCCACCUCGCCAGGCAAAUCAGCUUUCCCAUGUCGAGGAAGAGGAGGCUGACGGGGAUGAACCAAGGAUACCCAAGGAUGAAGAGGACGAUGACCAUGUGGAACAUAUUGGUGCGUCGCAAGUGGAAAUCAUGGAAAGUGAUCACCAGGGAGGCUUCGAUGACGAUGCACCUGCUGUCGCAGCUUCUGACAACAUUCAUCCUCAACCUGAUGACGAGACAGGUGAACGCGAACAAGACGUCGAUAUGGGUGAGGAUGGAAUUGUUCCAGAAUCUCAGCAUGACCGUGCCGAACAGGAAGAGGAAGAAGACGACGAUGAUGACGAAGGCCCUAUAUCACGAACUAGAACUCGACGGAACAGGGUAGAAGUGGAGCCGGCGGCCGGGGAAGAGCCACAGGCUGAAAAGGAAGGGAGCCAGCCAAUUCGCCGUUCUACUCGACAAACGGCUGGAAAAAGAUCUCGACCACCAGGAGAUGACGGCAGUGAUUUUGAGCCGAAUGAAGAUAGUCAUGAAGAGGAGGAACUCUCCGACUCAGCUCCCUCUCAGGCCUCUCCUCAAAAAGAUGACAAUGGCAGCGGUAAUGAGCGUCGUUCCCGCCUUCGCAACCGCCAUCGUUAUUCCAACUCCCGUGGCGAGUCUGAAGCCAGAGAAAUCGCAGAAGAGUUGGCAGAAUUGAAAGCAACACGGCCUCGCCGAAAGAAACCUGAUAUUGUAUACGAAGACAAGCCUCGACGAACUAGAAAGUCAGUCGACUACCGACUUAUCCGCCCAGAGCUUCUUCUUCCUUUGGAAGAAAGCGAGGUUGAGCCUGCUGGAUCCCCGUCUCGCCGUGGCGGACGUGCAGGUGGCAGCACAUGGCAACGAACACUUUUCUCAACUUAUGGACCCUUUGGUGGUGCUGGUCCAACGCCUUUACUUGGCGGCCCUGCGGGCAUGGGCGCCAGCGGAGGUGUAGAGAGUGACAGCUCCGACGACGAACUUGCUGCCCGUUCCAAAGCUCCCGGUGCCCCUGGCGGAAUGACCACAACCACCCUUGCACCUAGCUUAGGCCUGGGCAUGCCAGGCCAGUCACAUCCGGACCCGGCCCAGGCCGCCCCCGGAGUGCCCGCGAACUAUGGGAAAAUCAAAGACAAGCAGGCCCUUGCGGACGCCGACCCGCUAGGCGUCAAUCCGAAUGUCAAUUUUGAUAGCGUAGGCGGUUUGCAGGGCCAUAUUGAUCAGCUGAAGGAGAUGGUCUCCCUACCCUUGCUUUACCCAGAGGUCUUCCAGAGCCUAAACAUCAUCCCACCCCGAGGAGUUUUGUUCCAUGGCCCACCAGGGACGGGUAAGACGCUUCUGGCGCGUGCACUGGCUACGAGUGUCAGCACCGAAGGGCGAAAGGUGACCUUCUACAUGAGAAAAGGGGCAGAUGCGCUGAGUAAAUGGGUUGGUGAAGCCGAGAAGCAGUUGAGAUUAUUAUUCGAGGAGGCCAGGAGAACACAACCAAGUAUCAUCUUCUUCGAUGAAAUUGAUGGCCUCGCCCCCGUCCGAUCCAGUAAACAGGAGCAAAUUCAUUCUUCCAUCGUUUCCACCCUUCUUGCCCUGAUGGAUGGCAUGGAUGGAAGAGGACAGAUUGACAGAGAAUUCUACUUCCCUCUCCCAAACCUUGAGGCACGUCGAGCUAUUAUUGACAUUAACACAAGGGGCUGGGAACCUGCUCUUUCAGAUGAAUUCAAAGACAAAUUAGCUGCCUCAACAAAGGGAUAUGGCGGUGCCGACUUACGAGCAUUAUGUACGGAAGCAGCCUUAAACGCCGUACAAAGGGUUUACCCCCAGAUAUACCAAUCAAAAGACAAACUCUUGAUCGACCCAAAGAAGAUCAAAGUCUCUUUCAAGGAUUUCAUGAUCUCACUUAAUAAAAUCAUUCCUUCCUCCGAGAGAUCUGCUUCCUCUGGCGCGUCCCCGCUGAACGGCACGGUUGAACCACUACUAAGAGAUCCUCUACGUGAGAUACAAGAGCGCAUAACCAAACUCUUACCCAGGAGAAAAGCACUUACUGCCUUAGAAGAGGCACAGUUCGAACAACCCAACGAUGACAUUGGGUUUAAACGUGAGAAGCUGCAGGAAGAGUUUGACAGAUCUCGCGUGUUCAGGCCUAGGCUUCUCAUCCGUGGUGAAUAUGGAAUGGGGCAGCAGUACAUUACCUCUGCUCUGCUGAAUCACUUUGAGGGCAUAAAUGUACAGUCCUUUGAUCUACCAACUCUACUGAGUGAUUCAACCAGAUCCCCCGAAGCCGUUGUGGUGCAACUCUUUGCUGAGGUCAAGCGCAACAAGCCCAGCGUUAUUUGCAUUCCUAACAUCCGGUCAUGGUACGAGACCCUCGGAAAUGUUGUUAUAUCAACGUUUAUGGGCCUACUACGCUCCAUCCCUCCCACAGAUCCCGUACUCCUCCUUGGUAUCCUUGAAGGUGAAGCUGAGUAUGAGGCAAACUCUGAUAUUGUACGCAACCUCUUUGGUUAUUCGAAAAAGAACCAAUAUUUUCUCAGUUAUCCAGAGUUGCCCCAGCGCCGAAAGUUUUUCCAGCCCAUAAUCAACCUCAUCUGCACUGCACCAGUCAAUUUCCCUGACCCUGACAAUCGGAAGAAGAGAGUGAUUGAACAAUUGGAGCUUGCUCCCCCAGCUCCUCCGAAGCCACCACCAGCUCCAACCAAAGAGGAACUGAAGGCGCAGAAACGAAAGGAUCGACAAACGCUGAAUCUCAUGAAGAUUAGGAUACAACCUAUAAUGGACCAGAUCAGGAAAUACAAGCGGUUCCGAUCUGGCGUUGUAGAUGAGGCCCAAAUACGGUAUCUUUAUGACGACGAUGAUCCAAAUGUUGUGACGUCUGAUUUACCCCCACAGGAACGGGGAACAUUCCGACCAUACGAGAAGGACACAGACAAAGCCGGCGUUCCUGGUCUGCGAGAAGUCUCAACAGGGAAGUUCUAUUACAAUUUAGAUAUCGUCACGAUCGAAAAGCGAUUGUCCAACGGGUACUACAAACGUCCAAAAGACUUCCUGGCCGAUAUAAAGCGAUUGGCAAAGGACGCAAAACAGCUUGGUGACCCCGACCGACAGUUAAAAGCAAAUGAACUAUUGGCAAAUGUCGAAGUUGACAUUGGUGCAAUUGACAAUACCGACCCAGCCCUGGUGGCUGAGUGUGAAGUUGUAUAUACCCGCGAACUAGAACGUGAGAGGGCCGCCUUAGAGAAGGGAAAACAAGCAACAACGAACGCUGAUGGCACUAUGGGACCUCCGGCCGGCCCGCCGCCCCAUAUGAACAUAGCGCAUGGAAGCAUGGAGCUAUCUAACAUAUCAUCGGCUGGGCCGGUAGUGUUAGGUGAAUUAUUCAACAGCCCCUGCCCAGCCCCUGGGAACAAGUCCACUGGUGGCUUCCCAUCGAUAACCAAUGGAAAUAUACCAAGACUUCCUCCGCAUGGGAGCGUUGAGGGCUUCCGGCCUCCAACCAGCAACGGAUCUCAGAGGUCACAACCAGGCGACUAUGUAAACGACGCCUCGACAACACAGACAACUUCGGAAAAGAAACAUUCUGGCCCCUCUGAUAUGACGCAUAGCAACCCUCAUAACUCGGUAAUGGCGUCUGGUGUACACGAUGCACCAGACCUUACACUCUAUCCCGAUCGUGCGUCCGGGGACGAACACCUCCCUGAGACACAGCAAGGCGACAGCUCCUGGGUUUCUUCCCAGCUUACGCCCCUCCGUGGUGUAGCCGAAUUCCUCCACUCGCAGUCCACAGCAAGUCUUGCCAAUGGCAGCCAAUCUCAACCUCGCCAUUCCCAAGCAUCCCAAUCUCAUCCUCCGGGCCCUCCGCCACUCUUCGGCGCAGCAUCCAGUCGUUCUUCAGCGGCCAACACCCACGGCACUCCUGUCACCCCUCCCUCGCGCAACGGCGGAUCUCACCGCAUAUCCGACAUUGUCAACAGCGAACCAAAGCAGCCCGAGCCGCCGCUUCCAGACUUGAUCAUAGACGAAGCCUUUAACAACGAGCUCCACGAAGACCUUAGCACGAAGACGGGGGGAUGUUCGAUCGAGCAGCUGGAGCAGAUCAACACCGAACUCAUGGAUUGCCUCUGGACCAACCGCAACGAGUGGAAUAGAAAAGAUGUUGCCGUCAUGCUAAAGUCGACUUUCCUCGAAACACUUGAAGACAUAAAAUCAAGCCAGAAUUUCAUCGACACAACCCAAAAGUUGGAUCGCCAAUGA